UUGUUUCUUUGUUUGUUGUGUGUUCCUUAUAGACUUAGAAACGGCUGAACCGAUUUUCUGGAAAUUUUCACAGAUGGUGCAUAAUGAUCCCGUGAUUAUUCCACAAGCAACGAUUUACGCAAUUAUUUUUAUCGAACAUACAACAGCACAACAUUUGGAAAAAAGCGAUUACUGUUUAAAACUUUAAUUGGCUAACCGCAGUUAAAUACACAACACAACUCUUUAAUACAACAUUAAAUCGAGUACAGCAUACCAAAACCAAAUACCAUCAUCAACAAAUGCAGGCAUGCAAAAGUUAUUGUCAUUGAUAGCAAAGUUUUGCAACCAAUAUAAACAUCAACAUCAUCAUCAUCAUCGUCGUCAUGUCAGAGGGUCCUUGUAAAUAAAUGUCAAACAAACAUCGCCAGCAUUGCAAUUCACUUUGAAGCAAAACUUUUAUGGUUAUCUGCAAACAUGAGCAAUUCUACAACGACAAAAGUCCCACCAUCACCAGCCACCAGCAUCAGUGCAGAUGAAAUGGCCAGUUGGAGUCCUCAAUCAAGUGCGGCUACCCUUUUCAAUGCCACCAGACACUUCAUGGCCGAAACACUGGAUGCCUACUCCGGCUAUACCACUGUAACGUAUACGCAAAACUCUACUCCACCUGCCAUAUAUUAUCCACACAUACAUGCAAAGUUGCCUCAAGAUAAUUACCCCCCAGGUGCUAUAGGCAACUUUAGCUCGACGACCCAACAACCCCUUCAUAACUUAAGUUUGGCUAUGACAGCCGCGGCUGACUUUGGCCAGAGUUCGGAUGCCAACACUCCUGUUAUGGCCUCUGUGUUGGGCAACAUUGUGAAUGCCACAUUGACAACGCUUGGGACAGCAUUAACCACCUCAAUGGCCACAAAUGCCACCUAUGACAAUGGAGGCAUUGUAAAUGCCACCGAGACACCAUAUGUGCCGUAUGUCAUGCGUCCCGAAACCUACAUUGUACCGGUGCUGUUUGCCUUCAUCUUCAUUGUUGGUGUUUUGGGCAAUGGUACUCUAAUUAUUGUCUUCUUGACGGUGCGUCAAAUGCGUAAUGUACCCAACACCUAUAUUUUCUCCUUGGCCCUGGCAGAUUUGUUGGUUAUAGUGACAACAGUUCCUCUAACCUCAACUGUAUACACGGUGGACUCUUGGCCCUGGGGAAAACUUUUAUGCACGCUAUCGGAGUUUUUCAAGGAUGUAUCCAUAGGAGUCUCGGUUUUCACAUUGACAGCAUUAUCGGGAGAUCGCUAUUUUGCCAUUGUGGAUCCACUGAGAAAAUUUCAUGCCCAUGGUGGUGGAAAACGAGCCACACGCAUGACCAUAGCCAUAGCCAUAGCCAUAUGGCUAUUGGCCAUAGUUUGUGGUCUGCCAGCUUUAAUUGGUACCUACAUUAAGGAAGUCGUUGUCAACAGCAACAAAUCAUUUGCUUUGUGUUAUCCUUUUCCUGAGCGAUGGGGUUGGGAGUAUGCCAAAACCAUGGUAUUGUUGCGGUUUCUUGUCUACUAUGCCAUACCACUGGUUAUAAUUGGAGUCUUCUAUGUGCUGAUAGCGCGACAUUUAAUGUAUGCUGCAAAUGUGCCCGGUGAAAUGCAAGGAGCUGUCAGACAGGUACGUGCAAGGCGCAAAGUUGCUCUCACUGUGCUGGCCUUUGUGGUUAUAUUUGGCAUUUGUUUCCUGCCCAUUCACGUAUUCAUGCUGUGGUUCUAUUAUUGGCCGACUGCCCUGGAAGACUACAACUCCUUUUGGCAUGUGCUGCGCAUCGUGGGAUUCUGCAUGUCCUUCGCCAAUAGUUGUGCCAAUCCGGUGGCACUGUAUUUUGUGAGCGGUGCCUUUCGCAAACAUUUCAAUAGAUAUCUAUUUUGCGAAGGCUCCCGCACCAAACACAAGAAACGCAACGAUACCAUGUGCAUGCACCGGGAUACUUCACUGACGAGCACAGCAUCCAAGCGAUACUACCACUCAAGGCGUUCAUGUUUCAAUCAGAGCACCAUACGCAGCAGGCUACAGGAAACAACCAUUACCAUGCUCACCAAUGGCAAUCCUAAUGGAUGCGGAAAUUGCCCUGGAACAAAUGUGGGGACUGGUAACGGCCCAAAUUGCCCCCCAGAUGAUUCCAUCGAAGUGGCAUUGGCCAGCGAAUAUUGUCAUCAACAUCAGCACCAACACCAGCUUAUGUGAGGUUACAACAAACGUCACCGUUCAUUGAGUUUGUCCCAACCCACCACCGUCUCGUCUUCUUUUUCCUCGGCAGCUGUGAAACAUCAUUUGCAGCUUAAUCAAAACCCAUUAUUAAGGGAGCCAAGAGAAAGUCAAUCCUUCAGUUAAAAGAAAAUUGCGUUGACGAAUCCUUGGAAAUGAAUAGCUUUAACAUGUGUGAACAUGACAGUGACAAUUACUGUCCAGCCUUGCGUGGAAUAUCGUCAUCAUCACCAUCGUCAUCAGGAAAAUUAUCAACGACAACAUGCUUGGCUAAGCAUUCCAGCGUACAAAGUCGACGUGGCGAAAGAAAAUUAUCGAAACCCAAAGUUCAUUUUCCCCAUAUUACAUCGGAUAAUUAAAUUUAAGCGAAAACAAAUUGAGGUAAUGUAAAAAAAAAAAUGUUUUUAAGAAAUACAGGUAAUUGCUAGGCUGUGUCUGCCAGAAAUGUUUUCACUUGAAAUUUAUA